AUGGCAGCGUCGCACCGGAAAGAUUCGCUCGACAUCGCUGAGAAUGAGCAUCCUCACGUCGGUCAUUACGAGAUCAAAGACUUGGCCUUGGCCAAGCAAGGUGCCGAAGAAGAGCACAACCUCGGCUUCCUGGAUGCAAUACGCCGAUAUCCCAAGGCCGCCUUGUGGUCCAUCCUCGUCUCUGCUUCCAUCAUCAUGGAGGGCUACGACAUAGUCCUCAUCUCGUCCUUCUUCGCCCAACCAGCUUUUAGAGAGCAUUACGGGGAAUACAUCCCUGCCAAAAGUUCCUUCGAAAUCACCGCCUCUUGGCAGAAUGGUCUCAGCAACGCGGUCAGCGUAGGCACUAUCAUCGGUGCCUUCGCCAACGGGUACUUUACCCACCGCUUCGGAUAUCGGAAAGUCCUGCUGGCGUCACUUGCCUCCAUAUGCUGCUUCAUCUUCAUCUCAUUCUUCUCGCCCAGUCUUCCCGUCCUCCUCGUCGGACAAUUCCUCUGCGGCAUCCCGUGGGGCGUCUUCGCAACAACAGCUCCCGCGUAUGCUUCUGAGGUGUGUCCAAUGGCACUGCGCGGCUACCUGACGGUCUACGUCAAUCUCUGCUGGGCCCUGGGGCAGCUCAUAUCUGCUGGCGUCCAAGCUGGUUUCUCCGAGAACUCAAGCAGAUGGGCAUACCGCGUCCCCUUUGCCAUUCAAUGGGUCUGGCCACUUCCUCUCUUCGCCAUUUUAUGGUUCGCUCCCGAGUCUCCCUGGCAUUUCGUUCGCAUUGGAAAGUUCGAAGACGCUGAAAACGCUGUCCUGCGUCUCGGCUCCGCCUCCCAACGCAGCUACGCCAAGCAGAAGGUUGCUAUGAUGAUUCACACCAACGAGAUAGAGGCACAGAUGGACGACGGCACUUCAUACAAGGAUUGCUUCCGCGGCAUCGACCUGCGCAGGACCGAGAUCGCGUGCCUCACGUUUGCCGCGCAACCGUUCUGCGGGUCAGCUAUGGGCGGUACUCCGACGUAUUUCUUCGUACAAGCCGGGCUCUCAAACUCCAUCUCUUUCCAGAUGUCUGUCGGUGGGCUCGGAAUUGCUUCGGUCGGCACGAUCAUUGCGUGGUUUCUCCUCCAUGCAUUCGGCCGCCGCACGCUCUAUCUCUGGGGACUUGGUCUGCUAAGUCUCAUACUCGUCAUUGUCGGUUCCAUCAGUGCCGGUGCCCCGGAAUCAGAUGGCGCGAACUACGCCCAAGCCGGCAUGAUGCUUGGCUGGCUCGGAGUGUAUUAUCUCACCGUUGGCCCCAUCUGUUACGCCAUCAUCUCCGAGGUGUCGUCUACACGCCUGCGCAACAAGACUGUCUGCCUCGGCCGUAUCGCUUAUUACAUCGCCCAAAUCAUCUGCAACGUCAUCAACCCGUACAUGCUGAAUCCUACGGCUGGCGACUGGCGGGGCAAGACCGGAUUCUUUUGGGGCGGAUGUGCGCUUGUUUUCUUCGUCUGGACCUACUUCCGGUUACCUGAGACGAAGAACAAGACUUUUGAGGAACUGGAUAUCUUGUUUGCUCGCCGUAUCAAGGCUUCGCAAUUCUCCUCAUACAAAGUGGACGCUUAUGCCGGCGGCGAUGAGGCUUUGACAAAGGAGAGUUGA